AUGUGGCCACAGGACCUCGAUGCUCUGGUGGUCGGCGCGGGCUUCGGCGGCAUUUACCAGCUCAAGAAGCUGCUCGACCAAGGCCUGAACGUCAAGGCCAUAGACAAGGCAGGCGAUGUCGGCGGGACGUGGUACUGGAAUCGCUACCCGGGAGCCAUGUCGGAUACCCGUUCGUUCCUCUACCGAUACUCCUGGGACCACGAAGAUCUCGUCGAGUAUCCCUGGGACAGUGAGUACUUGCAAGGUCCGGAGAUUCUGAAAUACCUGGAACACGUCGUAGAGCGACACCAUCUCCGGCCGCACUUCCAGUUCGGGACCGAGAUGCUGGGAGCCGACUGGAGCGACUCGGAGCGCCGCUGGACGGUGGCCCUCUCGACGGGCGAGGUAGUGAAAACCACGUACCUGGUCACCGCCCUCGGCCUCCUCUCCCGGACCAACUUUCCCCAGAUCCACAACCUCGACCAGUUCGCCGGCGAGCUGUACCAUACCGCCGCAUGGCCGAGGGACGCCGAUCUGAGAGGCAAACGGGUCGGCGUCAUCGGGAACGGGUCCACGGGCGUGCAGCUCAUCACAGCCCUGGCCAAGUCGGAGGAGCUGCAGCAGCUCCUCUGCUUCCAGCGCAAUCCCCAGUACACCGUCCCCGCGGGCAACGGCCCCGUGACACGCGAGGCGCGGAAAGCCCUCAACGAGAAUUACCGGGCAGUCUGGGAAGAGGCGAUGAGGAGCAAGUUCGCCUUCGGCAUCCACGAGACCACGCGGACGACAGCCAGCGUGAGCGCCGAGGAGCGCGAGCGGAUCUACGAGGAGGCGUGGGCAAAGGGCAACGGCUUCUGCUUCAUGUUCGAGACGUUCGGCGACAUUAGCAUCGACGAGGCGGCGAACACCGCCGCGGCGGACUUUAUCCAACGGAAGAUCCGCGCGAUUGUCCAGGACAAGGAGAAGGCGCGCAAGCUGUGUCCGACGCAGUGGUACGCGCGCCGCCCGUUGUGCGACUCGAACUACUACGAGCAGUUCAACCGUGCCAACGUCGACAUCGUCGAUAUCAAGACGCACCCCAUCACCGAGCUCACGCCGGCAGGCAUCAAGACCGCCGACGGCCGGGUGUAUGAGCUCGACGUGCUUAUUUGCGCCACGGGCUUCGAUGCCGUGGAUGGCAACUAUACGCGCAUGUGCGUGAGGGGCCGAGGAGGGGAGACGCUGAAAGACCACUGGGCCGAGACGGGUCCGACCUCGUACCUGGGCAUGAGCGUCGCAAACUUCCCCAACCUGUUCAUGGUGCUGGGUCCCAACGGCCCGUUCUCGAACCAGCCUCCGGCUAUCGAGAGCCAGGUGGACUUUAUCGCCGAGCUCAUUGCCCGGGCGGAGAGCACCGCACCGCGGGCGACAGUCCGCGGUCCGGCAUCGGCCCAGGCGAAUGGCUUCACCAUGCCUGAGCCGACCCAGGCGCAGGGCGGGAGUCAGACGCAGGAAGCCGGCCCAGGCGUCGUCUGUCGCGGCGUGAUUGAGGCCGAGCUAGAGGCGGAGAAGAGCUGGACGGAGCACUGUGAGCGGAUCAGUGCCGACAGCUUGUUCCGCAGGGUCGACUCGUGGAUAUUCGGCAAGAACAUUCCGGGGAAGAAGGCCGCGACCGUGUUCUACUUUGGCGGCUUGGGUGCGUAUCGGAAGGAGGUGCGCGACCGGAUCGAGGACGACUUGCGAGGCUUCCGGGUAUCGUGA